AUGGCAACAAACGCGUCUGCGUCACAGCAGGUACCCAAGCGAACAAUAAAAGAUUUCAAAUUUGUCAACGAACUCAAUAAUGGGUCGUAUUCAACAGUCUACCUCGGAAUUGAAAUUGCGACAGAUCGCAAGCUAGCAAUAAAAGCUGUUAAGAAAAGCUUGAUAAAACGAUUAAACAAAGUUCAAGAAGUCUUUCGAGAAAAGGCGAUUCUAACACAAUUAGAUGAUUGUGUAUAUACCAUUAGUCUCUAUUGUACAUUUCAGACCGAAGAAAAUCUUUAUUUCGGUUUAACAUACUGUUCGAAUGGUGAUCUUCUUCAGCAUAUUACCGAUGCUAAUCACUUUGAUUUAGAAACUGUACGAUUCUAUUCUGCUGAACUGGUCGAAGCACUUGAACAAUUACACAUUCGACACGUCAUUCAUCGAGACUUGAAGCCGGAAAAUAUUCUUCUUACGGAUAAUAUGCAUAUUCAACUGGCUGAUUUCGGAUCGGCUGUUCUUAUUGAAACAAACGAAGCUGCACAAACAGGUGAGGAGAAGGAGAAGGAGAAGAAAUCAACCGAACGGAGAAAUUCAUUCGUUGGUACUCCACAAUUCGUGGCACCAGAGAUUCUCCAAAAUGGACUUAUUCAUAUUGGAUCUGAUUUCUGGUCACUGGGCUGUGUUAUCUAUCAAAUGGUUACCGGUGAACAUUUAUUUCGCGGACAUCAUGAAUAUGAUAUUAUGAAUGCCGUUGUUCGUGUUGCUUACAAAUUGCCCGAUGAUUUUCCCGAACUUGUCGAAGAUCUCAUACGAAAACUUGUGCGUUUGGGCCCUCACGAACGUCUUGGAAGUGAUGAAACAGGUGGAGUAGAAAAGUUAAAAGUACAUGGAUUCUUUGCUGAUACGAAAUGGGGUGAACUACUGAAUCAACAAUCGCCACUUGCAGUCAAGAGCAAAUUGGAUUCACAACCAAAGAAUUCGGAUGACGACACUAAUACUGAAUAUACCGAAGAUUAG